GCAGCUGUGGAGUAGCAAGGUCUGCGUUGUUCUUCCAGGUUUCUUUUUUUUCCCGUUGAAACCUAAUUUUCUCAGUCCUCCUUCCUACGCACGUGAAGACGGAGGGUCACUACAGUCGAUGAAAUCGCCGCUCCUACCCUCCCUUGGCGAGAGAGGGGGAAAAUGAGAAAGGAACAUUGAUGUGAAAGAGAAAUUUCAGUAGGCUGACUCCCGCAUCCAUCUCGACUGGGGAUCUUACCCACAACCUAGGAGCUCAUUGUUCCCGACUCUCCUGGGACAAAGGACAAGAGAGUGACAUUUUCAGUAUUUCCUCAUCCUUCUGCCAUGAGUGUGCUGGACAUGGAUGAAGGGGCUGUACAGAUGCUUUUGAAGGUACAUCCUCAAAAUGCAUAUAUGACCCCACAGCAUAUUGUCACCAGAGAAAAGAACCCCAAGCAGGAUGAAGACGCCAUGGCUGUUGCUCAGGGAUUGUUGACCUUCAAGGAUGUGUCAGUAGAUUUUUCUCAGGAGGAGUGGGAAUGCCUGGGCCCAGCUCAGCGGAAACUGUACAUGGAUGUGAUACUGGAGAACUACAGGAACUUAGUCUCUCUGGGUCUUGUUGUCUCUAAGCCAUACCUGGUCACCUUUUUGGAGCAAAUGAAGGAGUGCUGGGAUAUGCAGAGAAAAAAGUUAAUUUCUGCUCACCCAGCUUUGUCAUCUGAAGACAACCAGGCCUUGUUGAGAAACCCAGGGAUGGAAGAUUUAUUCUCUAAAAUAAUGCUGGGUACAUAUAACGAAGACAGAAGUUAUCAGUGUGAUGAACAUUGGAAAAAUUUUGACCACAAGUCAAAUCUUAAUACACAUCAGAAUACUGAGCUUCCAGAGACCCAAAACCAAGGUGAAAAAGUCUUUGUCCAGAUGUCAAAUCGCAAUACACAUCAGGUUAUUCCUAUUGUGGAGAAGACAGACAAACAAAGUGAAUGUGUCCAAUCUUUUAAACAAUCUUCAACUCAAGAUAAAAAAGGAAAUAUUCAUACAAGGGAGGAUGGUUACAAAUGUGUACCGUGUGACAAAAUCUUCAGUCAGAUAUUCAGUGGAAGUAGACUUAAGGUAAUCCGUACAGGAGAAAAACGUUAUAAAUGUAAAAUAUGUGGUAAAACAUUUAAUUGCCCCUCAGCUCUUAGUGCACAUCAGAUAAUUCAUAUAGGAGAGAAGUUCUAUGAAUGUAAAACAUGUGGCAAAUCCUUUAAAUGGAAUUCAUGUCUUAUUGAACAUGAAAGAAGAAUUCAUACUGGUGAGAAACCUUACAAAUGCAGAGAAUGUGGUGAAGACUUUAGCCAGUCCUCAUUCCUUACUAAACAUCAGAAGAUUCAUACUGGAGGGAAGCCUUAUCAAUGUAGAGAAUGUGGUAAAGCUUUUAGCCAGUCCUCUUACCUUACCAAACACCAGAAGAUUCAUAUUGGAGGGAAGCCUUAUCAAUGUAGAGAAUGUGGCAAAGCCUAUAGGCAGUUCUCACACCUUACUUAUCAUCAGAUGAUUCAUACUGGAGAGAAGUCAUAUAAAUGUAGAGAAUGUGGUAAAGCCUUUAGCAAGUCCUCAAAGCUUACUUAUCAUCAGAGAAUUCAUACUAGUGAGAAGCCUUAUAAAUGUAGAGAUUGUGGUAAAGUCUUCAGUCAUUCCUCAGACCUUACUAAACAUCAGAAAAUUCAUACUGGAGAGAAGCCUUAUCAAUGUAGAGAAUGUGGCAAAGCCUUUAGGCAGUCCAUUCACCUUACUGAACAUCAGAAAAUUCAUACUGGAGAGAAGCCUUAUCAAUGUACAGAAUGUGGUAAAGCCUUUAGCCGGUCUUCAUACCUUACUCAACAUCAGAAAAUUCAUACUGGAGAGAAGCCUUAUCAAUGUAGAGAAUGUGGUAAAGCUUUUAGCCAGUCCUCAUACCUUACUAAACACCAGAAAAUUCAUACUGGGGAGAAGCCUUAUAAAUGUACAGAAUGUGGCAAAGCCUUUAGGCAGUUCUCACACCUUACUUAUCAUCAGAUAAUCCACACUGGAGAGAAGUCUUAUAAAUGUAAAGAAUGUGGUAAAGCCUUUAUCCGGUAUUCAUACCUUACUGAACAUCAGAAGAUUCAUAGUGGAGAAAAGCCUUACAAAUGUAGAGAAUGUGGUAAAGCCUUUAGCAAGUCCUCAAAGCUUAAUCGACAUCAGAAAAUUCAUAUUGGAUAGAAGUCUUAUGAAUAUAGAGAAUAUUGCAAAGCUGUUGGUCUUAAGCUGUUACCAAUCAUAGGAGAAAUUAUCCUGUAUAAAGUGCUCUAUAUGUAGAGUAUAUGUUAAAUCCUUUAGCUAGUGCUCAAACCUUACUAAAAAUCAGAAAAUUCACACGAGAGAAACAUUAAUGUGUAGAAAAUGUGGCAAAACCUUUUACUGGUGUUCAAAUGUUAUUGGAUAUCAGAAAGUCCAUACUGGACAGAAAUUUUAUAGAUGUAACAAGUGUGGUACAAUUUUUACAAAUAUAGAGAAUAUGACAGAGCCUUUAACACUUUUCAAAGCUUCUCAUCAGAUCAUUCUUUGUGGAGACAAACCUUACAGAUGUAAAAAGUGUGGCAAAGCAUUUUUUAUUUUCAGCUGUACCUUACUAAACAUGAAAUAAAACAUUGGUGAGCCCUGGCUGGUGUGGCUUAGUGGAUUGACCACUGGCCUGAAAACCAGAGGGUUACCAGUUCCAUUCUUACUCAGGGCACAUGCCUGGGUUGUGGGCCAGGUCAGGAUCCCAGUAAUGGGUGCAUGAGAGGCAACCACACAUUGAUGUUUCUCUCCCUCUCUUUUCCUUCCCCUCUCUCUAAAAAUAAAUAAAUAAUAUUUAAAAAAAAACAUUGUUGAGAGAAACCUUAUAAAUGUGGAAAAUGUGGGAAAACUUUUUAUUUCUAUUGGUGUUUUACACAACAUGAGACAAAUUAUAAUGGAGAGAAAACUUACAAAUGUAAAGCAUGUGUCAAAGCCUUUAAUAAGCAUUCAUGUUUUACUCCACAUGAGAGAGGAUCUCACACUCAGGAGAAAUCUUACAAAUAGAAUGUAGUAUAUCCUUUUAUGAUUAAUGAACACUUAGAAUCACAGAAUUUAUACUGGAAAAGAAGCCUUAUAAAUGUAGAGAAUGUGGCAAUGUUUUUGUCCAGUCCUCACCCCUGACUGACCAUCAGAGAAUUCAUACUGGAGGAAAGCUUUAUAUAUGUGGGAAAAAUAUGUAUAUGAAAGCCUUUAAUCGCUCUUUAAAACUUACUCGAAACAUGUCAUUCAUACUGGAGUGAAACCUUAUAAAUGUAGCAUAGGUGCAAAAUCUUUUAAUCAUUAGUAGUAUCUUACCUAACACCAGAGAAUUCUUAUGGAGACAAAUCAUACAAACGUAGGUAAUGUGGGAAAGCUUUAAACCUGUGUUCAAAACAUACACAAUAUUGGAGAAUUCAUGCUGGAGAAAAACAAUAAAAAUGAAAAUUUUAAGAAUACCUUUCACCAUUGCUCAAGCCUCAUUCA